AUGGAGCCCAACGCCACCAUCCUGCGCGUCAAGAGAAAGCGGGGCACCGACCCGGCGGACGCACUACUGCUCGCCUGUAAACGCAUCCGCCCGGAAACCAGCCAGGCCCCCGGUGAAGCGGCACCGGAGCCCGGCGAGGCCGACGUGGAGAAGUCUGUGUUCAAACUCGUGGCCACGGUAGCAACACAGGAUGCUCCAGUGCAGACGGAGGUCCGCCAAGCCCUGUCCCGCCCCCGCGUGGCUCACGCGUUGCGGCCCUCCGCCAACAGCUCCAAGCGCAUCUUCGCCGACUCUCGAAACGCCAAGUUGGGCAUCCGGAGCGAGGAGCGCUACCGCAUCCUCUCCAGCCACCGCGCCGGCCUUGCACUCCCGGUUCACCCAAGUGGCGACGGUUCCGCGGCGGCAGAGAAGGUAGAGGAGACGCGAGAGGAGGAAGUGCAGGUAGUCGAUCUGCUGCACGAAGAUCUACCGGAGCAAGACAAAUCCUUCAGCAAGACUGAGUCAUCAAACCCUGAUGUGAUCCUGUGCAACAACACAAAGAUGCUCAGAGAGCGUCUCCGCAUCCAAGACCAGCCGCUCGAAAACGACGACGACUACGUGUAUGAUCUCUACUACCAGGAAACCUUCACACCGGGGUGGAUCCACGACAUCUUGUCCGUCAGGGCCUACGCGGACUACACGCAACUGGUCCCUGAGGAGGAAGACAGAGAGGAGGAGACGUACGAUGACGAAGAUGACGAGAACGAAGAAGCCAACUGGAGGAAUGACUAUCCUGAUGAAGAGAGCGAGGAUGACGACGACAGCGAGCGAGAGGAACGCUACGGACGCGAGUGGGCCGACGUCGAGGAAGACGCUCCCUGUCGCAGGAGCUGGCAACGCUACCAGAGAGACCUGCUGAAAUCGCUCGGCCACCUCUCCGACAACGACACCGACGAAUACGACUCCGACUGA